GCACUAAGCUACUGGUUUGUAAAUAAGUACUAACGUUGUAAUAGUGUAAACCCUAAUGUGCAGAAGAAUUUAAAUUUCAAAGCGCUGUGGAGUCAGUCGGUUGACGGGCGGCCAUUUUGCUGCUGAGCAUGAAGCGUCUCCAAUGGCCUGUGGCAGCUGCGUGGAAGCCUUCUUCUGACUGGCUGGCUCCUGCCGGGAGGGAUGAAUUAAAAAAAACCUCAUUCUGACCUUCAUAAACUUUUGACAGUCAAACUUUGUACCGCUGUCCGUGCAUUGUAGGUUAACAGCCUUCACAAAUGCAUAUUUUAAAAUUAGCCUCUAACCGCUCUCAACCGCCGCUCUCAACUUUAUCUUGAUAGUAUGGGUCCGAGGAAAAGGAAAUCCGAGCUGGCUUUGGGAGGAGAAAAGGAGGGAGAGGACACUGAGGAGAGGAGAGGCAGGAGGAGGAAGGACCGAGGGAAUAAGAAAUACAUUGGAGCUCAUGUAAGCAUUCAAGGUGGGAUAUGGAAAGCAGUGGGGUCCUGCACAGAGAUGGGUGGCAGCAGCUUCGCCUUGUUUCUGGGCUCCCAGCGGUCAUGGAAGAGGCCUGCACUGGACCAGACAGCUGCGGCCCAGUUUAGGGAGAAAUGUUCCCUACAGAAGUAUGACCCCGCUCACAUCCUGCCUCAUGGGUCCUACUUGAUGAACUGUGGAUCUCCUAAAGAGGAUGUGUUUGAGAAGAGCCAGGCCCUGCUGGUGGAUGAGCUCAGCCGCUGCAGCCUCCUGGGCCUCAACCUCUACAACUUCCACCCUGGCUCCUCCCUGGGCUCCAUCACCACCGAGCAGUGUGUGGAGAAGAUAGCAGGAGCCAUUAACCACGCUCACCGGCAAACACCUGCUGUGGUUACAGUGUUGGAGAACAUGAGCGGUCAGGGCAGUACGGUGGGCGGUAAGUUCUCUGAGCUGAGGAGCAUCAUAGACAAAGUGAGAGACCAGACCAGAGUAGGAGUGUGUCUGGAUACCUGUCACGCCUUCGCAGCAGGAUAUGACGUGGCUGCAGAGGGAGGAGUGACGGCCAUGCUUGACGAGUUUGAGCAGGAAGUGGGACUCCGCUAUCUUAAAGCCCUCCAUCUCAAUGACUCCAAAGGUAAACUAGGCUGCAACCUCGAUCGCCAUGAAGACAUUGGUAAAGGUCACAUCGGAAUCUCUGCUUUCCGAGACAUCGUCAAUGAGCCCCGACUGGACAACAUCCCUCUGAUCCUGGAGACACCUGGACGGCCAGGUUUCGAGUAUGCUGAGCAGAUUGAACUUCUGUAUUCUCUCUAUGACAAAACAUAAUGAUCACCAUUACUGAGGAAUUGUCCCCGCUAAACUGAACCAAACCUCAGCUCGCACAUCUGCUAAGAGACCUGGACUGCGUUUGUCAAGUGGACCAAAGUGGAUAAGUGGAGGAGCCAGUUCUCCUUAAACACGCUCAGAGUUUGUUUGGCUGUGAACAGUUUAUGAACAUGAGUUGAAUA